CUUAGUUUGUACUGUUUCUUGUAGAAACGAGUAGAAGAAGCUGAAGCAAACAGACAAGCUGCUAUACUUGCUAGUGAGAAAGAACGACUUGCUCGCGAUUUGUUAAGAAAGGAAAAUCGACGCGGUCAACACAAACUUGGCCCGGUGCAUUAUGGGACAAGCGGCAUAGGGCAAUCACAUUCAACUGUAGAACCUUCUCGUAAUAUCGGACCAUUAGCGAAGUUACAGGCUUCUAUCGGAUUUGGUAUAGCUGCAACAGGUGUUUACGAUUAUUACCCAAAAAUACUUGGAGCACGGAUUUCGAAACCUUCUUGUUACUACUCUGAUCAAGUUGGGCCAUGGAAGGAGAACUGGAGAGAAAGCUACCAGGAUUCUUACUUGCGCGAGCAGAACCAUGUGGGGACAUUGUACGUUGCCAAGGAUGCGUUAGAAGGUGUAGCUAGCUCUAUGGAACAAGUUGCUUCUAUGGUUGACUCUCCUUUCUCAAACAAAUGGUUGAGAAAACUUCUGCAGCUUGCGUUGAAAGGGCAGGUUAGAAAGGUUUGGAAACGUAUGCAGAUUAUUGGAGAUGUUUUACGUAGAUAUAAAAUGGACUAUAGAUGCAAUUUUCUUGGUCUAACGGCAAUGAUAGAAUUUGUCAUGCAGGGCAUCACCAAUUUGACUAAAGACACUGCCAACAACACGAAUAUUAUCAUGUAUCUGUCUUCGCAGUUUGCAGAAAGGAAACCAUGUUUUUUGAACAAACACCGACAAUGUCUGAUGAUCGAUUUUAUUCUUCACUGUCUUGCUCCAUCUGCUGCUCAUCAACUCAUUUCUGAAAGAUCUUUCGUCACAAAACAGAAAGCUGUUCAUUUUGUUGCCAUAAGCGGACAUCCAUGUCAGCUCAAUGUCUUGCUCAGUCAUGGUACAAGCACAAAUGAUUUUGAUCAGUCGAAGCAGGCACCCGUGCACUAUUUAGUUGAGAGAAACAAUGUUCUCAUGGUUCGUCAACUUAUGUGGUAUGGUUCUGAUAUGUCUUUGCUUGAACAAUCGGCUUCGAAAGUGCCAUCCGAACUUUUGAAUGUAGAUAAUGCUGAGGUCUGCACUUAUCUCCAGUUGAGAAUGAAAGCUCUCGAACGAGUUAUGGCAUCAUGGUUGCGAGCCAUAUGUGCAGGUUAG